AUGAAGUUCACUGGGUUGACCAUUUCACUCGCCCUCGCUGGCUUGGGCUACUCUGCCGCUAUUCCCAGCCUCGGCAAUGUGGAAGGUACUGUUGCUGGUGUCACAGGUGCCGCCACUAACAUUGUUGGGCCUGUCACCUCCGCCGCUGGCGGCCCGACAGGUGCCAUCAAGCGUGACAAUACUGCUGCUCCUGGUGAGAUCAUCAAGACCAUUCCAAACCAUGCCAACAGCGCUGUUAGCAAGGCUGGUAAUGCUAUUGGUACUACCCAGAACGCUGUUGCCGGUGCCGGUUUACCUGCGAAGCGUCAGCUCAACGACCUCCCUAUCGGCGCCCUUGGAAGCGCCGUUCCCGCCAUUGUCCAAGGAGCAAGCGGUGCUCUGACUGGGGGCGGUUUACCCGUGAAGCGUCAGCUCAACGAUCUCCCUAUCGGCGCCCUUGGAAGCGCCGUUCCCGCCAUUGUCCAAGGAGCAAGCGGUGCUCUGACCGGGGGCGGUUUACCCGUGAAGCGUCAGCUCAACGAUCUCCCUAUCGGCGCCCUUGGAAGCGCCGUUCCCGCCAUUGUCCAAGGAGCCAGCGGUGCUCUGACCGGGGGCGGUUUACCCGUGAAGCGUCAGCUCAACGACCUCCCCAUCGGCGCCCUUGGAAGCGCCGUUCCCGCCAUUGUCCAUGGAGCCAAAGCUGGAGGCUUGCCUGCUGCCUUCAAGCGCGAUGGAACUGCCGUACUUGAGACCACCGAGCCCAAUCCCAACUUUGCCAACAGCGGUGUUGCCAUCGCUGGCAGUGCCGUUGGUGCGGGCGAAAACCUUGCCUCUGGCGCCGCUAGUACCGCAAAGAAUGCUGCUAGCCAUACUUAG